AUGUGCUACGGGCACCUACAUCAGCAGUGCUCCAUCGAGAUUGUAGACUAUUCUACGCUCCGGCUCCAGUAUAGCAUCCUCACUAAUGAGGAGUUCGUCUCCUCUAUGGACGUGCAGCGUGAUCCUUGGGUGACGGUCCGGUGGAUUAACAUAGGUGCAAUAAGUUGGGACGUGAUCAAAGCUGUGGCACUCAAAUACGACUUGCAUGCACAGGCACUGGAGGAUGUGCUGAAGGGCAAGCGCUGGACUCGUUCCACUGCACAUUACUACCCUGGCCACCUCUUCAUCCGCUCCCUCUGUCAUCAGUUGGAAGAUGACUACUAUUACGGCCACAUCCCUGAUCUGAAUCGCUCUGCGCCCAGUCCCGAGUACCUUGAUGGUCCGUCUGAAGAGCGCCUCGGGAACGAAAUAAUCGGUGGCAGUCGCGCCUAUGUAAGACGACGCAAGCGACCUCUUUUACCUACUAGUCGAAAGGAUAUCAGACAGCGGGACAUGAACAGCUCCGAAUCUCUUGAUUCAUCUUCACGAUAUUUGAAGGAAGAACGAAAUAUGAACUUGUCAAAACCCCUGUCACAAAAACAGGAAAGUGCUUUAUUUCAAGCCCUGAAAUAUGAUCGAUUCGUCGUUGUGAAUGUGACUCAGGAAACCGUGGAUGCCUCCCUUCUUGUUCAUGCCAUGCUUGACCGUGUUGUGGGCAAAGCACUUGAAGUGAUCGAUGACUAUUACGCUAGGAUCAAACAAUGCGAAAGGGAUAUCCUUUUCCAGUCUGACAUGAAGACAGUCAGGAAUCUCCACAUUCUCGCCGGUGAACUAGUCCUUCAUAAGAGAACUCUCGAGCCUAUCAAGACGCUUGUAGACGGGCUGUGCAAGCACGACGACAACCGCAUUGCCAUUCUGCUUCAUGGGUCGGACUACAUGGCUAAUGCAACAGAGGCGUCGACCACGGGUGGUGGCUUGAUUAGUCCAACGGCAAAGAUCUAUCUGGCCGAUGUACACGAUCACAUGGAUUACAUUCUGACAAGCUUGGAUAUGUUCGCGGGUAUUGCGGAGAACUUGAUUGAUUAUGCAUUCAAUGUCGCUGCAUACGAAGCAAAUGAAGUCAUGCGUCGACUCACCCUCGUUACCAUUAUUUUCCUGCCCCUGGGUGUCCUUACAGGCUAUUUCGGAAUGAACUUCAAGCACUUCUGGUCCGUGAAUAACAACAGCGAUCUCUUCUUUUGGAUCCUAGCGUUGCCGACCUUUGUUCUGACUAUCCUCGUUUCCUUAUUUUCUGACAUGAAGAAAGCAGUCAAAUACUUUCGAAGUGCCGCAAGGCGAGCAUUACUUGAGGUAUGUUACAUGUCAGUUUACAUCUUGGAGGACGAUGCUCAAUAUGUGCUCUCCAAGAAGGAUACGGACGGCAUUACUGAGACGUGA